UUUCCGGCCCACGAGAUGUUGAGAGCUCAGCGGUCAGGUCGUCUUCCACUUCCCGUGCGUGCGCUCGCUUCUUCUCCCUCUUCCUCCCUCCCAUCUGGCUCCUCCACUCCUCGGGGCCCCACUCCUCGAGCUCCAAACCUCGCGUAAACCCUAGCCCAGGCGCGCAGAGGAGAGAGGGUUGCCUCCGCGGGAUGAAGACGAGGUCGCAGACGGUGUGGCCGAAGCCCCUCAGGACGCUGGAGCUGGAGCCCAGGCCCGGCAGCCACAAGCGGAGGCCGAGACCGAGGCCGAAGCCGGCGGGGAAGGGCGACCCCCGCGCGCCCAAGAAGCCCCCCAGCGCCUUCUUCUACUUCAUGGAUGAUUUCCGAAAGACUUAUCAGCAGGAAAAUCCAAGUGUAAAGUCACUUCAGGAAAUAGGGAAGGCAUGCGGUGAAAAAUGGAAUACGAUGGCGUUUGAGGAAAAGGUGAAGUAUUAUGAUAUAGCUACCGAGAAACGAGCAGAAUUUGAGAAGGCGAGGAUUGAAUAUAACAAGAAAAAGGAAAGUGGAGAGUUGUCUGAGGAAUCCAAUUAGGACUAGAGCUGAAGAUUUUGCUAUUCCAAUUUCGGAUGGUUCACUGCCACUGGUUGAAUCAAUCUAUUGUAUAUUACCGAACUCAGAAUUGUGAUUUGUAAUGGAAUUUGUAGAUACCAGUAGGAGUCUUAAGUUCAUGCACAAUUGUCUCAUCUGUAAUAGACUGGUCGUAUUUAACUGACAGUGUCAUUGGUGAUUCUAGUCUGGAGUCUGGACGAACUUGCUAA